AUGACAGAUAGAACACGAUCGGCAAUUCAAUAUAUCUAUCCUCUUCGUUCACAAUCAUGUCGGGAUUGCCGAGAUAAAGUAACACGCACAGCUAGCGAACUACAUCAGCAUACGGUUGAUCGUGCUCAACGACGUUUUGAACGGCAGUUGGCCAAUAGUGAACGAGAAUUGAGAUCAGCAAUGAAACAACGACGUGAUAACUCGUCUUCCGUUGCAGAAAAACGUCAAGCCACGCAACAUCUCGAACAUCUUCGAACAACCUUGAACAAUGAUUAUUCACAACUAAUCCAAGCUUAUGUUCACGAACACAAAGAAAAGGUCGAUGAAGUUGAGAAAUACAUACAUCAACGUUACGACGAUGAUCGUCAUUACGAAAAAUCAUUAUCUCAAAAGAAAUUCAAAGAUGCUAUUCAAGAAACUCAACUUCAAAGUGAAAAAGCUCGUUUAGGAUCGAUCAAUCAAAUCAUUCGCGAGCGUGACGCCGUUUGCGAAGAAAAAUUAGCUGCGCAAAAGAAUCUGUUCAAUCGUCUUCUGGAUGAGCAAGCACGUCGCUUACGUGCAGAACAAACUCUACAUGGAAAUAUGUCAUCGGCACCUGUCGAACCAGUUGACAUGGCACAACUGAAAGGUCGUUUAGCGCGCGUCGAAUACGAACACCGAGAAAUCAAACAAUUGAUACUUGAUAUGCGUAAUGAUCUUGCAGCUCUAAUUACACAACAACAUCCAACAUAUCGAAAUACAAACGUCUAUAUCAUGGGUCGAUUGUUUGGAAACCUUGCGAUUUUUCUCUUUGUCCUUAUGUUCGUUAACUCCGGUGAAGGUAGAUCACUGAUGAUCGGUGCCCUACAACCAACAGAGACCAAAGCUCCUGUUCAACACUCGAAUUUCGAUGCUAUGGAUUCAUGGUCCCCUGAAGAACAGAUACUGGACAAUGACCGACAAAAGCGAAAUUGUUUUCUUUAUGCUAUGAAAUCGAAAAAUCGAGCGUCGAAAUGGAUGUGUUGGUGA